UUGUUUAUUGGGAUUCUUACAGUGAUUAUUAUCAAUUAGUAUGGGCAGCAUGCAGUAGGAGAGAAAGAGAUUGGGUAGCUUUCGGUUGUUUGACAAUGAUGAAAUCAAGUCAGGUUCACAGUAUCAAUUAUUUAAUUAUCGUGUUCUGUGGCCCUUCUAUUUAUAAUCCAUUAUGUCUUUGGCGUUCCAUUCCCGUCUUCAUCUCCUUUCACUAAAUGCUCAUUGUUGCCUCCAAUAAUCGCUCUUUCUACUAUUGAUUAUGCUCCUAGCAGUCUACUGCAGCUGCUGCUACUACUACUACUACUUGUACUAAUCAUCAUCAUAUAACUACUACUUUUCCCUUCACUGCCUAUAUACUUGCAGCCAGGGCUACCAUCUUGUCUCCCCUUCUCUUCUCUUGCUUUUAGGGUUUCCUCCUUUGAACUUUCCCAUCCACGCAUCAAGAAAAUUUGCAGAAUUUGUCGGAUAUAUUUCGAUGGCUGCAUCAUUCUUCUUAAACGAAUCAGGGGACAGAGCUUGAAGUUGGAGGAUCUUCCGUCUUUUUCUUCUAUAUAUUGUGCUGCUUGGAUAAGGGACAGGAGCAAGGAUGGCUUCUUCCAGUUACUCCAAUUCUCCUUGUGCUGCCUGCAAGUUCUUGAGGAGAAAAUGCCUGCCAGGUUGCAUAUUUGCUCCAUAUUUCCCUCCAGAGGAGCCGCAGAAGUUUGCCAAUGUGCACAAGAUAUUUGGAGCGAGUAAUGUAAGUAAGCUGCUCAAUGAAAUCCAACCUCAUCAGAGAGAAGACGCGGUAAAUUCUCUUGCCUAUGAAGCUGAGGCACGGUUGAAAGAUCCGGUUUAUGGUUGUGUUGGAGCAAUCUCGGUUCUCCAAAGGCAAGUUCUUCGUCUUCAGAAGGAGUUAGAUGCCACGAAUGCUGAUCUAAUGCGAUAUGCAAGCAAUGAAAUGCCACAAGGAUACCCAGGCAACAGUGGCUCGAAUCAGAUGGGGAGACGGAUGAAUAAUGCAGAUAGUUCCUUCGGUCAGUAUGAAUAUCCAUCUCCUUAUUAUAUGUCAUCAUGGGACAAUAGCUUCUCAGGUGAUCAUCCUGAUAAGCCUGGAGACAGUAACACAUGAGCUAUUUGUGCGCAAUUACUGGCUAGAUAACCUAUAUGCUAAUUAGGUCUAUGGAUGCAGUAAGGAGCCAGGAAAGGAAGCAUUAUCAUAUUCCACAUCCUGUAACAUAUGUAUGAGAAGAUGCAACUAAUUCUAGCUUGUUGCAACUUCUCAAAGCGAUAGGAAAAGUAAGAUAUAUUUGGGAAACUUAGUAUGUAAUUUGGAGAGUGAGUUAUGGAAAAUAUUUGAAGCUUUGUAAAUGAGCUGCUAGUAAUCAAAUGUUUGUGUCCUUGCUUCGACAGAAUCCGCCCAUAUGGGAAUCGUUCCUUUUUUUUUUUUGUAAGAUGGGAAUUGUUCUUUGAUGUACAAUAUAUCUAUGUGUAUAGAUAAUGUCAUCUACAUCCAGAAGAUGGUACGCUUUUGUAAGGCAUAUA